AUAGCAAAGCAGAGAAGAGGGGGUAGGAGAAAAGAUGGGAGAAAUGUGGAUUACACUAUUGCAGUCUCGUCGGUCUGCAAACUUGCUUUCUGUCCAGGAAGUUUAUCCUCCUCUUUUUGGCUAAAAAUCCCUUUUUUAAUAAACAUGGCUCUCUGGUUCAAGGCAGCCACCACAGUGGUACCCAAGGCCCAAACUUUAUUUACAGGGACAGGGAAGAUGACAGGCCACCCAGGGGACCAAUCACAAGGAUGAGUCUGGGCAUGGCUUCGGCUGCCUCUCUAAUCCCAAUGCCUGGCCUUGUCAUUUGUCUGUAAGACAAAGCCCCCUUCUUCUUGCUCAGGUCUCUGCCAAGUUUCCCACCCACUCAGUCUGGAAUGUUCUGCUGGCCCUGAUUUGUCCUUCCAAAGCCCUUGCCUAUUUAGCUCCUGUUUACUCACACUGGAAUAUUUUUAAACCAGAGUGUUAUCUGUGACAGCUUCUGUCAACCUUAUCUGCUCACGCCAUUCUCCCACCCUCUUAGGACAAGUGGGGGUCCCAAGACUAGACCUACAUUCUUUCCUCAUUAGUCUUGGACCCAGGCCAGUGCCCUGUUAGCCCUGAGAAACCCGGAAAAUCACAGAAGAGGGAAUAGAAAGGAAGAAAAUAGUUGGUUGCUGUCUCCAGCUCCAGGCAGAGGGAUGAAAAGCUCAGGAUGAGGCAGCUGGAGGGGUCCCGCUGCGUCGCUGGGGCUGCACCUCGGUCUAGGACCGCCGACGAGUCUGCAGCCAUGUCGGGCCGCUCAGUGCCACAUGCCCACCCGGCCACCGCCGAGUACGAAUUUGCCAACCCGAGCCGCCUGGGUGAGCAGCGCUUCGGAGAAGGCCUCCUGCCAGAAGAAAUCCUGACCCCCACCCUCUACCAUGGCUACUAUGUCCGACCUCGGGCUGCCCAAGCUGGGGAGGGCAGCAGGGCAGGGGCUUCUGAGCUCAGGCUCAGUGAGGGCAAGUUCCAGGCAUUUCUGGAUGUGAGCCACUUUACCCCAGAUGAGGUGACUGUGAGGACUGUGGACAACCUGCUGGAGGUGUCUGCCCGGCACCCCCAGCGCCUGGACCGCCACGGCUUCGUGUCCCGAGAGUUCUGCCGCACCUAUGUCCUGCCUGCUGAUGUCGACCCCUGGCGGGUCCGCGCUGCUCUCUCGCAUGAUGGCAUCCUUAACCUGGAGGCACCUCGGGGUGGCCGACAUUUGGACACAGAGGUCAAUGAGGUCUACAUCUCCCUGCUCCCUGCGCCUCCUGAUCCAGAGGAAGAGGAAGAGGGAGCCACAGUUGAGCCCUGAGUGCCACAGACCUAGCACCCAGCGAACCCCUUUCUACCUCCUGCGGUGAUACGAGCAGCUGCCCACCACCCCAGAGGUAGCAGCAUCCUUGGGGGAAGGGAAGAGUGCAUGGUCCACAAUGUGUGGUUUGGUCCCUUGGGACGUGUCAUAGCCUUUGGUUUAGUUCUGGGUGGAGCUGAAUAAACCCAAAUCUCAGGGCC